CCAUUGGCUGCAGCACCGGAAGUGGGUGGGAAGUUCCUCGAACGGAAUCAACCGUUUCCUUGUCUGUCAUGAGCUGCAGCUGCAGGAAGAAGGAGCCGUAAAUGAACUCUAAUCAGUACAAUUACCACAUUCUGCGUCUCAUCGGAACGGUUUACGUGCAGACGAUUAGCGGUUUGGCUCCGUGAGAACAGCCACGGCGGCGGACAUGUUGUAAUUGGUUAAAAAAACUGUUGGAUUUUCACCGCUGCGCCUCCGAACACGCCGCCUUUGUGGCGAUGAGCACGGAGCUGCUGACCGAGCUGGAGAACCGAUUCUUCGCUGACAACCUGCUCACCAACGAGGACUGGGAUGCCUGCCUGUUCCAGUGUGAGAACAUGGAGGAGGGCGAGGACGCAGAUUUCAGCCGGGGGCUGAAAUACGACACGUCGUUUGUCAGUAACCUGGUCCUCACCCUGGAUCCUGACGACCCCUCGUCACCAUGGCAACACUGUGAGGACAACCUGCUGACAGGAGAUUCUCCGGUCAUCAAACAUGAGAUGGGCAUCGCUCAGCCGCUGCCUGAGGAAAUGUUGUUCCAGGUGAAGGCGGAGCCUCUCUCUCCGGCGUCCUCCCUCGGAUCAGACUCUUCCGUGGGGUCACCAGAUCCACAGGUCACGGUCAAAGGUGAAACCCCGCCCACUCCUCCUUAUAUGUACGGUGACAUCCUGUCUCCGCCCCUCGGCUCCAUGGAGGUCACCGUGGCCACCAGCGUUGUGGCCCGGCCACAGACGCAGCUACAGACGCCACUGACCGCCCAGAUUCCAGCGGUCAUCACUGGGUUACAGACACAGAGCACAGUACUGCCCAGGUCCACUCUGGUCAACACCAAACCUCCCAUCCAGCCCAGACCAGUCUGUGUGGCCUCCUUACCUGUGGCCCAGACUCCGGCCCCCACCAAGACCCUCAUCCUACAGGGCCUCCCCACCAUGGACCAGAACAGACCAGCACGCGUGUGGCACUCGCAUGUCCUCUCUCAGUCAGUCUGUCUCAGCUCAGCUCCGGCCAUCGUCAAAGUGGAGCCCGUUUCUUCAAACAUCUGCUCCAGUCCUGCUCCUCCUGCUCCUCCUGCUCCUCCUCCUCCCUCCAGGAAGAGGUUCGUCCCUGCCACCUCCUCACUGCCUGGGAACAACGCCGCCGACAUUGACAUGAAGGUGUUGAAGCGUCAGCAGAGGAUGAUCAAGAACCGGGAGUCGGCCUGUCAGUCCAGGAAGAAGAAGAAGGAGUACCUGCAGAACCUGGAGGCUCAGCUGAGGGAGGCGCAGCAGGAGAACCACAGGCUCCGCAGGGAGAACCAGGCUCUGAGGGAGAGACUGGCUGGGGAAGAGGGGGGAGACUCAGCUAGUAAUAAACGAGCGGUGUGUGUCAUGGCCGUCCUGCUCUUCAUGACCUUCAGCUUUGGUCCAGUCAGCAUCACAGACAGGAAGUUAGCCGCAGCGCCGCAGGACGGCAGCGUGGUGUGGUACACGGGUCGACAGCUGCUGGAGAUCGAACAGCAGCCGCCAUCGCCGCGGCGACGACCAACGACCAGACUGGAGAUGGAGGAGGACGGAGGAGCGGCAGAGGUGGAGGGAUUUUCUGCCGAGUCUUACCAGUUCAGGAACCUGAGCGACGUCUUCAGUGACGUGAAGGAGCUGGUCCUCCAGGACAUCGAUCGGUACUUCACCUCCUCAGACUGUCGACAGUUCAACCGCUCCGAGUCUCUGAGGCUGGCAGACGAGCUCCGAGGCUGGGUUCACAGGCACCAGAUCGACAGGAAGAAGUCUGGAGGGAAACCAAAGAUCGUCAAGAAGGCCAAGAUCGCUCAGAAGGCUCAGCUGAGGAAGACCAACUUCUCCAGAUACCUGCCCGUUCAGAUGCAUCGCUCCAUCGAAAAUCAGCUACAGGUACUUCCUGGUCCUGAGGUCACGUACAGCGACUUCCUGGACGCCAUCGACCGACGAGAGGACACGUUCUACGUCGUCUCUUUCAGACGGGACCACCUGCUCCUCCCUGCCAUCAGCCACAAUAAAACCAGUCGACCCAAAAUGUCGCUGGUGAUGCCUGCGAUGUCGAUGAACGAGAGUCUAUACAACGCCCCCCAGGGGUACGAGAUGAUGAUGCAGGUGGACUGCGAGGUCAUGGACACUCGCAUCGUCCCCAUCAAGUCCUCCGCUGUGCCGCCGUCUCUGCGCGACCCUCCUCCGCCUCCUCCGUCCUCGUCCUCCGCUCACAACCAUCACCAUAACAACCACACGUCCCUGCGUGGACGCCACCAUCACCACCCUCAGCAUCAGCGCUCCGCCGCCGCCGCCGCCUCCUCGUCCUCCCCUCAGCCCAGGUCCGCAGCUAAGUAUCUAAUCAGCCAAUCAGAGGACGUCUGAGGCGGGAAACUAACUUGUAGUUGGUGCGACACAUGUCGGAGGUUGUGGGAAAAUAAAGUUGUAAUAUAUUUAUAAGGUGACAGGGGGCAGCGUUUGAAAACGAUGAUCAAAAAACAAAAAUGAAGUUGUUUUAGUUGUUGUCUCUCCAUCAGUGUCUGAUGACAUCACUGAUGACAUCACUGACGACACACCACUCGUGACAGGAUCGUUCAACCAUCAUGUUGAUUCGGGGGGCAGGAGGGGGCGGGGUUAGUUUAGUGACGUCCACGUUUUGUUUAUUUAAUGAUGUCUAGAUGUAAAUGAUCUCUUCCUGACACUGUACUGUAGAUAUUUUUGUCACAUUUUAUAUUUUUGUUAUUUUUUACUAAAAUUAAAAGAAGAAAAACAAAUGUUUUCACCGUUUAAAAAGGACCAAUCAGAAGACAGGAAUUCUGAGCCCAAGAAAAUCAGUUCUUCUUCAUUUUAGGUUUUCGUCUUUGAGUUACGGUCGCAGUUAAACAAAAAACAAACAAAAACAUUUUUACGAACUCACUCUUAGUUUGAGUUUCUGUCACGUUUCUUCAACCGUGCUAACUUUAAACCCCGUUACUGUGUGAAUCAAAAACAGUCAAUAAUAAAAACAACUAUACAUUUUAUUUCAUGUUAAGGAAACGACAGACAACAAUCAUUUUCAUUUUUUAACGUUCCGUUCCUGACGACGCUGGUCACAUGGUCUGUGUUAACGAAACUUUAACCAAGAGUUAAUUUCCUCCCAAAUAUAAAGAAAAAAGAAAAAACAAAGAACGUUCAGUGACGAUUUCUCACAGCUUGGAGUUUGAAACGUCAUAAAAAUGAAACAUCGGGUUCUUGUUUUUCCAGUUCACAGGAGAGUGGACCCGACGUCAGCUGUUUCUGGAUUACAGUUUCUAAUUUAAAUAUAUUUUAAAAAUCUUGAUAAAAAUGUAAAUAAAUGUUUGUAAUUUUCUCCUGGAAAAAUAAAAAACAUUUGACCAAGAA